AUGAAGAUCAAGAAGACACCUUCCAAAAAACUUGCUCCAUUGCCACGUCAGCUGAGUGAUUUGAUCAAGCGGCUCGAGACAGAUGCACAGGAUCAGAUUCCACACAUUGUUCGAGAAUUAACUAAUUGGUCCUUUGCAAGAGGCGAUUUAUUUCAUUGGGUUACAGUGUUAGACCGAUUUGAUGCUAUUUUACUCUCUAUUUGCAAUGAGUAUAAUCUGAAAGAGAUUCAAGCAAAGCCUUUUGACAGAGACACCAAGAACCUUAUUUUAUCCAUUAUUGAUCUCUCACGCACUUUGUUUGAAAACUGUACAAACCGAAACAUUUACAACUCUUACGAGCAUUUAUCAAUGCUGUUAAAUACGUUUGAUAUUGAUGUAUUGCGACAAGUACUUCACUUCAUGAUUCGACCUGCACAAAGAAUCAAUAACCCAAGAGCUAUUCGUUCAUCCUUUGUCGUUCCACAGGAUAAGAUUGUUGAAUUGGCUCGAGGCUGGAAUAAUGUGCCCGUUGACUUGCUCGCCAUUGCACAAGAUUUAGAGGUUACACCUAAAAUGAUGACUUUGAAUAUUCAGUUCUAUCGUACCUCAUCCACUACAACAACAACAACAACAACAACAACAAAAACGACAACAGCAAUAGCAACAGCAGCAGAAGCAGCAGAAGCAGAAACAGAAACAGCGGCGAACACAAUUACCACGCCCCCAUCUACCGAGGUUUCCACUACAUCAACAACAGAAGGUCAUCAAGUAGUUACUUAUGUAGUUACAGAGGAGGACCUCCAGAAAGAUGAUAUAGAUAUAUUCCUCAAAUUGGUAAAAGAACAUCAUAUUCCCAAGGAAUAUCAAUUCGAAUUGGCCAACAGGAUUCGUAUAGCAAAGCAUAUGAGUCAACCCGAUGUGAGAAGAAAGUUACUUGGUAUUCGUAUCUUGGCUAUUUGUAUCAUGUCUCACGCUGUAUCUGAAACUACAGCUCAAAAUAAGGUCUUUAUCUAUGAGCCUUAUUUGAUUUCGCAAUUAGCAGAUCUUAUUUCACCUGAGAAGCAAGUAGACUAUGAUAUUCAAACAUUUGUAUUGUAUGCGUUGGAUGCUAUUACAAGACAUCGGAAUAAGCUUUCCGAAGUAUUGACAGCAGUGAAUGCAUCGGCAAAUCAUGGUACAAUGAUGCAAAUAUUGCGAAAGACGAAUUCGAAUGAUGCGUACCCACAAUCAUUUUUGGAUGCCUUAUUCACGUUUGUUUCUUACCUGUUACAAACCCAACCAGGUGGACAGAUGUUGAUGUCUGCUGGUGUGAUUCCAACCCUUGUACAGAUUGUCGGAAACCAUCAUUACACACAACUUAAGAAUAUUGCCAAAGUAGUUGGUUUAAUUGAUACCAUUGUAAAUUCAUUUGCCACCUCCUUUUCUGCCUUUUGUAAUGCCAGUGGGCUAGACACAUUAUUAAACCGUAUCAAGAUGGAAGUAGAGACAUGCUCAAAGCAAUCUGAAAAUGAAGAAGAUUCACUUCUCCCCCAUGAUCGACUUUCAACCAUCAAGGCCAUGUUGAAAUUUUUAUUACGCAUGAUGGAUUCUUCCGGAACAGCGGAUGGUCUUCGAAACCUGAUUGAUUCUUCUUUACCUCAAUCUCUCAAAAUCAUCAUGGAAAGUCCCAAAUUAUUCGGAAAUAGUAUCUUUGCAUUGGCCAUCAAUGUCAGUACCACUUUUAUCCAUAAUGAACCUACCUCACUUCCCAUCCUACAAGAAGCUAAACUACCUCAAAGUUUCUUACAUACCAUCUCGAUCUAUGAAAAUCCCAAUAAUGAAGUUCUGAUGGCCGCUGUAAAUGCCUUUGGCGCCAUGUGUUUAAACGCUCAAGGUCUUGAUAUGUUCAAUACCGAAAAACCUUUACCUCAUUUCUUUGAUCUCAUGACCUCGCAUGAUUUCUUGAGAAAUCCUAUGGAUGUCGAUAGUGCCACUGGGCUAGGAUCUACCAUGGAUGAAUUAAUUCGUCACCAUCCUUCCUUAAAAACCGCCGUUUUUCAAUGCGUUACUGCCAUGAUCAAAAAAGUAUUGGAAAUGGGUUCCGAUCCCAACGGUGUAGGUAAAUCAAGCAACGAUAGUCAUUUAUUGCAAGUGCGUUCUUCUGAAGACACGGAUACCGAACAGACUAUGGAGGCUACCAGUAGUACAUCUCCCGUGGCUGCUGUGGAUACUACUACUGCUACUACUGCUACUACUACAACGGCAGCGGCGGAUGAAGAAGAAAAGCCUGAAAAGGUGGAGUGUUUACUUGUUUCGUUUAUUGAUUUAGUAUCAAGAUUCCUUGAAGGACUAUUCCAAAACCAGUCCAACAUCAAGGAAUUUGUUGAAGAAGGAUGUCCCGAAAUGUUACUAAAUUAUUACUCGCUUCCAUUGUUACCAGCCAAUUUCUCUGUGACGAUUGCAUCCGAUUCACUUUCAUACCUGUUUCGAAUGAUUAGUGAAGUCAGCCCUUUACCGACCGUGAUGGCCAUUGCGACCAAAGUGAAAGAAUCGAUUCGAUUUAUCACAAACGAAGAGGAAAAAAGGGAUUACUCAAAAAGCAUGUUGAUUGAAUUUGUGGAUGUACAUGAAAAUGAAAAGGACAAGAUUCAGAGAGGUAAUCAAAUGCGACGUCAAUUGAUUGAAUUACAUGGCUAUGUGGGACUUUUGUCCAACAUUUGCUGUUCGUCUGUCCUGAGUCAUGGUAAGAAUGGUGCUUCAUUGGUGACUGAGUUCUUGUCAGAAUCGGACAAGAACGAUAAUAUCAUUCAAUUAUUGGGUCAUUUACAUCGUGUCAUGGUCUGGGAGAAUUUGUUAUUGAAGGAAGCAUUACCUCCUUCCUGGUAUGCUUGUAAAUCUACCUCCAUCGUAUCUUCUUCUUCCUUAAAAAAGAACCCUACCAGUAUCACAGAACAUCCCUUAGGUAUCUACAGUGCUACUUCGCCCGAAGUCAAUCCUACUGAAGCAUCUUCGAGCCAACCUUCGGAAAAAAUCCCGCCUGCUAAAGAUCCUCGUAUGGUCAAUAUCAAGCAUUUCAAAUUACUCUUGACAGAAGUACCUCAGUUAUUGAUGCCCAUCUUUCAAGGCUUGAUCAAGGUCUCCGUUAGCCGUCGCACGGGUAGUGCACUUCAAAAACCGCAAACGAUGAAACUGGCUGAAUAUAUGGCUGAUUUAUUAAAGGAGAAUAUCACCUGGUCUCCCAUUCUCGAGUCAAAUGCCGCUUGUAAAUAUGAUUAUUUAACCUCUGUCUAUACCAUGACUUCGCUCUUAUUACGAGACGAACGUACACAAGCCUCGCUUCAAACUCCACUGGCCAUUGCUUUUGAACGUCAAGGUGGUGUUGAUUUAUUGUUAUCCGACUUGAAAGCCAUGUGGGAUGUGGCAUCCGGAUUGUACGGGGAAGAAAAAGAAAAGGAAGAGAAGAAAGAAACGGAACUGUUGAAUCGUAUUAAUAACAGUAUCGAAAGUCUUUUGAACGUUCUGCUUCAUAUCAGUAAUCCUAAAGCAUUACGAGAUUCAUCUUAUACAGCCACAUUGACCCAAAAGGAUAAAAAGGCCGCCGAUUAUUUUGAUCCAUAUGAAUGGAUUGUUGCAUUAGAACUCAAGCUGGUUCCUUUAAAAGAAUACUUGUGUUGUUCUCAACUGCACUUAUUUUCAAAAGCCGUGAAUCAAGCAUUAAUCAAGAUCUUUCAACAAAUGAUGAAGGGAGAAGGAGAAUUCUUGACACCUUCCCUGGGUCGAUCUGGUGCGGCCAAUGGUACUGGAGGGGGGGAUCCAUUCGGUAAUUUUACAGCACCUCUAAUGACCUCACCAUUUACUUUACUUCGACCCCCUGUGGUGGCUGCAGAACGCAAUAUUCAAACUUUGGUGGAUAUGGGUUUUGAAAGAACUUCGGCAGAACAAGCUUUGGUUCGAUGUAAUAAUCAAGUAUCGCGAGCUGUGGAUUAUUUAUUCAGUCAUCCUAGUCCGAUGUUCAAUACGCCUGCUACAACCACACCUGUGGCACCGUCUCCUACACCCGUGUCGAAUGAAAAUACAACGCCAACGGAAGGGGAGAAUGCUCAUCGUCGUGACGAUGAUGAGGAAGAAAGACAGGGUGAAGGAAAUGAGGAGGAACAUAGUCAUGAUGAAGAAGAGGAUGAUGAUGACGAUGAUGAUGAGGAGGAGGAUGAUAAUGAUUCGAAUAGUAAUAUGGAUGAAGUGAUUGGAAAUUUUGUGGAAUCUCUCAAUAAUGAAUAUAAUAUGGCUAUGUCGUCUGCUACAGGAUUAAACCAUUUAUCCAAUGCAUCUGCUCUAUUGGAUUUCAACCAUGGAGAAAAUAGCAAUGGUGGGCCGAGCACGACGAGUAAUUCUGAUAAUGUGAAAGAACUAAAGAAGGUGCGUAGUGAAUUAUGUGAAUCCUUGCCCACGUCACUUUUGAAGUUAGCCGAACAACGUGACGAUCUUGUGUUUGAUGUACGUGAUUUACUUGUGAUCUUGGGUAAAUUUUGUGAAGAUGAAGAGAGUACGGCAAAGAAGACAAUGACAACCAAGGCAUCUGUCAAGAUCAUAACAUUAUUGGUGGAUCAAAUUGGAGAUAUUCGUCAUGAUGCAAGUAAAUCUGUAUUGCUCAGUAGUAAGCUUCGAUUAUUAGCUUUGUUACUUCGAGAGCAACCCAUGCAAACAGCAAUGCAACAAUUGUCCGACCGAUUUGCGUUCCUGUUUGACAUGUUAAAUUUUGAAAACCUAGGUGAAGAGGAUUCAUUACCCGCUUGGUCCGCUACCAUCUUUUUGGUUUUGGAGGCGUUUAUUGCACAAGCCGAUGAACCCAAGAAAGUCAAGCUAACGACUUCUAACCGUCGUGGAUCGAUUGCUGACUCAUCCUCGGAAAAAGAUGAAGACGAAGAGGAGGAGGAAAGGAACGAAGCAAAUGAUGGAAAUCACCGUAUGGAAGAUGUCGAUGAACCAUCCAAUGGUAUGAAGGUGACCGGCAUCACAACAGAGCAAAGAGCGAAACUAUUACAAUGCUGUGUUUCGCUAUUAAGAAAAUCGAAAUUAUCUCGAGACGAUAUCUAUGCCAUCUUGCGUAUGAUUGUUCGGUUAACCAAGAAUUAUGAAUCUGCACUUCAUUUUGUCGGUAUUGGUGGAGUACCUUUGCUUUUUUCAAAACCCAGAUCAAGUUUGGAAGGAUUGCAAGGACAGCAAGCCUUUAUUAUUUUAAUUUUGCGACAUAUUGUUGAAAGCAAAGUGAUUUUACAAAGUACGAUGAAGGAUAUUAUUACCAAUUGGUUUACCAACCCUCGACCUCGUAAUAUGGAUAUUGGUUCCUUUGUGCGUAGUAAUGCUCAUGUGGCACUUCGUGAGCCUGCUGUCUUUGUAGAGGUGGCAACGGAUAUGUGUCGUUUAGCGCGGUACGAUGAAUUUGAAAUCAAUCGUCAAGUGAAAUUAAGAAAGCAAGAAGAUGAAAAAGAAACGAAAGCUGAAGAGGAAUCCGUGAAACAAAAGACAUCAUCAUCUGAAGUGGUUGUAUAUUACUUGUUGAAUGAGAUCAUGACAGUACGAUCGGAAACCAUUGCGAGUGCUGUCAAGAGGACCGAAUUCACAGAGGAACAAAAGAAGGAAGAAAACAUCAAAUUUGUAUAUACAGGAUUUUUACUUCAAUGUCUUGUGGAACUCAUUUCCUCUUAUGCAUCAUGCAAGUAUGAUAUCUUUAACUUUUGUAAAAAAGAAAAUGGACAUCGCACAACGACAGCAGACGGCAAACAUCGUUCGUUUGUGUCUAUGCUGAUCAAUGAUUUAUUACCUUAUAAUCAUAUCAAUCCAUCUUCUGAAGAAUCUCGUAAACAGCAAGGUCUCUCAACCUGGACUGCUUCUACAUUGGUAGCUAUGUCGUAUGAUGCUUCCUCAAGUACAGAUAUGACAGCGCAGCAGAAGAAUGAAUUGAUUCAGGUUCGAAAGUAUGUGCUAGAAUCUAUUGUUCGAUCUUUAAAGGAAGCCAUUGCGUCUAAUGAGACAGCCUCUGUUAAAUACUCGAAGUAUCUCGCCUUGGCUGAUCUUUGUCAUCGUAUCCUGAAUGCUCGACCCAAUGUAGGAUCAUCCAUUCCUCGAUCCUUUGGUCACAAUCAUAACACCCAAGCGACGGCCGGAGCUACAAAGGAAGAUGUUGCACUGAGCAAUAGUAAGAUUAUGUUGGAUAAGGACUUUGUCGCUGUCUUGACAACGGCUAUUAGUGAUAUCGAUAUUAAUUAUCCUCAUUCGAAGACGAUUUUAAAUGCCAUGUUGCGACCUUUGGAACAAUUGACCAAGUUGGCUAUCAAAACAGACGAUGCUGCUGAUACGGAUAAGGAAGAUCAGGAUAAGAUGGAUACGACGGAAGAAGGUUUACAUGUACCUAGCACGCCUGCUGAUGAAAAUAAUGAAGCUCCGGAUUAUAGAAAUUCUGCUCUUGGUAUGUUUGAUGCCGGUAGUGUCAUUGAUGAAGAAGAAUAUAAUAGUGGUGAAUAUAGCGAUAUGUUUGGAUCAUCUGCCGAUGAAGAAGAAGAUUUCGAUGAAGAUAGUGGAAGUGAUCUUUCAGAUAUGAGUGAAGGUGAUGACGAAGAUGGAGAAGUGGAAGAAGAAAUGGAAGCCAUGUUGCAUGGUCGCGGUUAUGAUUCUGAUGAGAUGGAUGAAGAUGAUGAUAAUCCAGAUGAUAUCGAUGCUGAAGCACAACUUCUUGAUGAUGAUGAUGAAGAUGACGAGGAUGAGAAUGGCCGAGAAAUGUGGCAAUUGGAUGAUAUUGAAGAGACACCGGGCAUUGUACAUGCUGAAAAUGUGAUUGACACUGGCAAUGAUCGCGAUGGACCAAACCAUAUCCGACAUUCAUCCGAUCCUUAUGAAGAGGAGGAUGAAAUGGAUGCCUUGUCUGAUUUCGAUGAUACUUCGGAUAACAUUGAUAACGAAUCUGAAACUGAUAUCACAGAUGGUAUGUUACUUGAUGCUGAAGAUCUUGACACUCCAUUCUUACCUACUGACUUGCAUGAUGAUUUGGUAAUGGAAGGUGAUGAAUUCGAACGACCUCGCUCCAUCAUUCCUGCUGGUUUCAGACGACGUUUCCCUAACGGAAGACGUUCGUUGCUCGAAGGAGUGGGUAGAUCAUUCCGAAACCAGGCGAAUGCUCAAGGUCAAGAAGAUAUUAUCACCCAUCCCUUGUUGUCUAAUAGUGUUGGUACUCAACCAGCCGGUGGUAAUGCAGCCCGUAGUAUGAUGGACGAAGCAUUUUCUCGUAGAGCUCAUGGAUCUGGACUCAGUAACUGGCAAGAUUUUGAGGAUAUCAUUGGUGGUAGCGCUGUUCGUAUGCUUGAAGAUCUUUUGACUCAAGCUCCCUCCACUAAUCAAGCUGGGCCCUUGCGUGUGGAUGUACAAGCCGGUCCCGGUGGCGUAUUACGAACAUUUGAAUUUGAUCGUGUACCUCAUUUAGGCGGCGGUGUUGGCCAUGGUCAUCAUACUUCUGCUACAUCCGGUACUGCUGGUGCUGAUGAGCAAGUACAAGAAAGCUUAGCGAUUUUACAUGAUUUCCAACCCAUGUCUUCUGGAGAGCGAUGGAAUCAAGAAGCUCGUAUGAUGUAUGGCGCUAAUCUUACUGAAAAGGCGUUGAAGAUUGUGAACGAACUUUUGAAUAUAUUGAUCCCUAUUGCUAUCGAGGAUGAUAAGAAAGCUCGUGUCGAAGAAGAAAAGAAGCGACAAGAACAACGACGUAAGGACGAAGAGGAUCGUCGUAAAGCCGAGGAAGAAAGAUGGCGUGUUGAUAAGGAAAAGCGCAAGGCUGCUCAAGAAGCUGCCCAAGAAGCUGCAGCUAACACUCCCAUCCCUACACCUCAACAACAAGAUCCUGUGAACGCACCUUCAACGGCCGAAAGUUCAAGCAAUGAGGCGAAUGCUACGACUACUGAGGAGGCUAACGUAAAUGCUCCUGCUGUAGCGGAAACAACGGAUGCAUCGGAGACCCCUGCCACAGAUGGUGAACGUACCACAGUGACCAUUCAUGGUUUGCCUGUAGAUAUCUCGGGAACAGGUAUUGAUGUUGAAUUUUUAGAAGCCCUUCCUGACGAUUUACGAGAAGAAGUCUUAAAUCAACAUUUGCGAAACCGCCCGGCUCCUGUACAACCUGCUGAAGAUAAUUCGAUUAGUCCUGAAUUCUUGGACGCUUUACCUCCAGAUAUUCGUGAAGAGGUCUUGCAUCAAGAAGCUAUUGAACGUGAAAGACGUGAUCGUCAAAAUCGUCAAGCACCUUCUACUUUACCUGCUGUUACUGCCACACCUAUCAAUACAACCAUCAGACCUGAUGUUAUGCCAACACUUAGUAGCAUGCUUGCGUCUCGUAGAAGACCUGCUCCUGCAGAAGAUGAUAGCAAAGCCUCUGGCUCUGCCAAAAAGAAGGCUAAGCCUCGUCGUCGUGAUGGUGCAGCACAACUUGUUGAAAAAUCGCAACUUGGUACCUUGGUUAGAUUAUUAUUUGUUCCUCAAACUAUUUCGAAAUCCCUCUUGAACAGAUUGCUAUUGAACUUGUGUGAAAAUAGCAAAACACGUGGUGACCUCUUGUCAUAUCUUGUGUGUGUACUUUAUGAUGGCAAUAAUGAUUUGGUCUCGGUCGAUAACAGUUUCGCGUUACUCUCUUCUGGUAAGGGUGGUAAGGCUUCUCAGGCCAAGGCUAGCAAGAACUCUGCCUCUACGGGCGCCUCCGAUAACGUGCCAAAUUUUAUCACGCAACGUUGUUUAGAAGCUUUGACAUAUAUCGUCUCUUGUAAUGAGCAAUCCAUGACCUAUUUCUUGACUGAAAGUGAAUCCUUAGUUGGCUUGAAGCGAAUCUCAUCGAGUAAAAAGGGUAAGAGCAAGGAGAAGGUACCCAAUAAUUGGAACAAGUACCCUAUUUUGGUCUUAAUGAGUCUUUUGGAUCGCCCUGUUUUUAUCAACAAUAUUACUUUGAUGGAACAACUUAUGGAUUUACUAUCUACCAUGUGCCGUCCUUUCCCCAUUUUGGUUAAGAAGUAUCAAGAAAAGGUUGAAAACAAGCAAAAUGAUCCCAGUCUUUCUGAGAGACCUAUGCCUAAACCCCCAACCAUUCCUGACUACUAUCUCAAGUUGGUUGUACAUGUGCUUACCAAUGGUGAAUGCUCUAGUAAAACUUUCCAAUAUACCUUGAACGCCAUCUCCCAUUUAUCAGCAUUAGAAGGUGCUCAACAAACCAUUGUUAAUGAACUCGUUGAAGAUGCCAAACAAUCUGGUACCCAAAUUUUGAAAGAUCUCGAGAGCCUGUUAGAAGUAUUGGAUACAACCAAGGCAGGCACUGAAAUCAACAGCACUAUUCUCGCUCCUUUUGCUGCUGCCACUUCAUUCCAAGCUAAGCUUUUACGUGUUUUGAAAACUUUGGAUUACAUGUUCUCUCGAAAGAGUUCAGCCAGUGAAUCAGGUGCUGAUAAAACAUCAGCUGAAUUGACGCAAAAGAAUAAUGAAAAACGUCUUCUUCAAAUCUAUGAUGAUUUGAACUUUUUACCUCUCUGGGAUACACUUGGUAAGUGUUUGUCUGUCAUUCGUGAAAAGGAAGAAUUGAUCAAUGUGGCUACUGUUCUUUUGCCCUUGAUUGAAUCAUUCAUGGUGGUCUCGAAAUGUACAGCUGAAAAGGGUCAAAGCAAUUAUGACAAGGUUGCAACACCUGCCAUUGAUCAGCACUUAACAUUGUCUACUGCCUCUCCCGAAACAUUUUUCUUUGUGUUUACCGAAAAACAUAAAAAAGUCUUGAAUAUCAUGGUUCGUAAUAAUCCAACUCUCAUGAGUGGAUCAUUUGCCUUACUGGUUCGUAAUCCCAAGAUGCUCGAAUUCGAUAACAAGCGUAAUUACUUUGUUCAGCAACUUCACAAGCGUGUCACGCCCCGUGAAAACUAUGCCAUGCUACAACUCAAUGUUCGUCGCCAAUAUGUAUUUGAAGAUUCCUACCAUCAACUUCAAGGUCGUACCGGUGAAGAAAUCAAGAAUGGUAAACUUGCUGUUCGAUUCUAUGACGAAGAAGGUGUUGAUGCUGGAGGUGUUACACGUGAAUGGUUCUCUGUAUUGGCUAGACAAAUGUUCGAUCCCAACUAUGCCUUAUUUAUUACAUCCGCUGCUGACAAGUUGACUUACCAACCCAAUCGAGAUUCGGCUGUAAACCCUGAUCAUUUAAGCUUUUUCAAGUUUGUUGGUCGUGUUAUUGGUAAAGCCAUUUAUGAUGGCCGUCUCUUGGAUGCUUACUUUACCCGUUCAUUCUAUAAACAUAUCUUGGGACGUACUGUUGAUUAUCGUGAUGUGGAAGCUUUAGAUCCUGAAUACUACAAGAGUUUGGUGUGGAUGUUGGAGAAUGAUAUCACUGAUAUUAUCGAUUUAACAUUCAGUAUGGAAACUGACUUUUUUGGUACGAAAGAAACUGUGGAUUUGAAGCCUGAUGGUCGAAAUAUUCCUGUGACCGAAGCCAAUAAACAUGAAUAUGUUGCAUUAGUAACCGAACAAAAGUUAACUACAGCUAUCAAGGACCAAAUUAAUGCCUUUGUUCAAGGUUUCCACGAUGUCAUUCCUGCACCAUUGAUUCAAAUUUUUAACGAACAAGAACUCGAGCUUUUGAUUUCAGGUUUACCGGAUAUCGAUAUUGAUGACUGGAAAAACAACACAGAAUAUCAAGGCUACACAGCCUCAUCGCCUCCUAUCCAAUGGUUCUGGCGUGCCGUUCGAAGUUUCGAUCAAGAAGAACGUGCUAAGCUCUUACAAUUUGCAACGGGUACCUCAAAGGUGCCUUUAGAAGGCUUUAGCCAACUUCAAGGCUCAAGUGGAGUCCAAAAAUUCCAAAUUCAUAAGGAUUUCGGUGGUGAAAACCGUCUUCCAUCUGCACAUACAUGUUUCAACCAAGUAGAUCUCCCACAGUAUGAUUCUUACGAGAAUUUACGUACUAAUCUUUUCAAAGCAAUCAGUGAAUGUUCAACUGGUUUCGCUUUUGUAUAA